AGUAAUUUCAAAAUGUUUGGCGGAUUCGCACCACCCCAGUUCUCAAAGGAGGAGCUCGAACAGCACGAGACUGAAGCUACCUCCACGGUCCAGCUCUUCUUCGGCGCCGCCGUCUUGCUCUACUUCUCUCCCUUCGCCGUUGACCUCGUCUCGAGCGUAUUUUAAUCUCGUGGGCGCAUGACUUUUGUACAAUUAUGAGACACGGUAACAAUGGUCCGGUUCUUGAGAUAUGAACUAUAAGGGCUGGAUGGGGUGUAUGCUACUAUACAUAUGGGAUACCUUUUCAUAAGGGCGACUGGCAUGUUAUCCGUUUCGGUUGUUUUAGCAUCACAAGGCUGAGGCAUCAUGCUUAUCGCACUACGGCGUCUUCGGGUGUCUAAUACUUAUAGAGGGGUGUAUAUGGCUUGUUACGUCACCGCAUAAUAUAAAGGCCCUACGGGUUUUGCAUCUUCUCUCAUGCGUAAAUUAGUUUCACGUUCCCAAAUGCUUUGUUAGUUUUCUUAGAAACCCACGGCAUUCAAUGUCCGAGGAUGAAAGAAACUCGGAAGGGACAAAUCGGGAUAUUAUCGUCUAAUAUCAGAAGCAGACGUCCCCAAACGCC